UGCAGCACAUAAAUAGUUAAAAAUGGGACAAAAUAAUAAGCCAAAAAAGAACAAGACAAAUGACGAUGAUCCUUACAAGAUUGGAACAGUUCUUUUCAGUUCAGGCGAUGCAAAGCAUUCCGAUGUCUGGGACGAUUCUGACUUAAUUGAUCAUUGGGACAGAAAUGUAGAAGCUUAUAGGAGGAAAUAUUCAAGCCAGGUCCAAAGUGAGAGCGCAAGUCCUCCCUUCCAACAGAACAAAAGAAAAACUCAGGAGGGUCAUAUAACAAAGAAACAGCCUGUGCUACGAAAAAAGUCGGAGAAGGUCUCUUCCAGUAAGAUCCAGCAGACACUGCCGUCGAGUACUAAAGGAAGCUUAUUGCCUUCUAUGCCUCCAAUGCCCUCUAUGUCUUCAAAUCAAGAAGACCUAUCAAAUUUGAUGAUGGCAUGGUAUUAUUCUGGAUAUUACACGGGCCUUUAUCAGGCACAGCAACGAAAAUAAAAUGCGAUUGUUGACCGCAGCAGACUCACGCCGCAGUCACUAUUUUUUCCAUAAUAAAGCCCUUAUUUUUUCUACAGCC